GACAGUUAAAACCGUCAUUUAUGUCUCUUUUUACGCUUUUCCGAUCAUCGUCUUCAAUCUCAAUCAACUCCGUACUCUCUUUUUAACCACACUUCCAAACAAAUUGAAUCCAAUCCAAUCUCAAAACAAUGUCGUCUCAACAGCAAUACCCAAAUCGCCCCCAAAAAACAGCAUCCCUUUACCCUCAAGUAAUUGAAUCAAAUCCCGAAGCCCCAACAACUUCUCAAUGCUCUAAUGCUAACUCAAAUUUCUCCUCGUCUAAUCUCUAUCCGACGCUUGAUAUGCGUGAUCUAGUUGAGAAUCUCUUCCCCGAUUCCGAUCAAUACGGUGCAACUAAACCCUCGGCCCCGCCCGAACCCCAGUCCGUUGAAGAAACCCUAAUUAAAGUUUCCGGUGCCAUUCUCCACCUCAUCGAUAAAUCUUAUAGCGUCGAGCUCGCCUGUGGCGAUUUAAAGAUUAUUCGUCUUGUCCAGGAGGGAAAUACCGUCGCUGUUCUCGCUUCCGUCGCUGAUGAGAUACAGUGGCCGUUGGGGAAGGACGAAGCCACCGUUAAACUAGACGAUUCUCAUUAUUUCUUCUCUAUUGGCUUUCUGCCGGAUUCAGAUACCGGCGACGAUACGAAUAAGAGCAAAAGAAAAUCUGAAAGUUCAGAUGUUAAGGAUUCGGAUUUGCUGAAUUAUGGACUUACGAUUGCGUCGAAAGGUCAGGAGAAUUUGUUGAAGGAAUUGGAUGGAAUUUUACAGGCUUACAGCUGUUUUUCGGUCCAGAAGGUUUCAGCAAAAGCUAAGGAAGCUUUCGAUGGUGAAGUGGCGAAGUAGACAGCCCCUUCUGAAUUGAAGGGAAAGAAGAAGGAGGUGAUGGAGAAGCAGUGCGCGGCUUAUUGGACUACAUUGGCCCCCAAUGUGGAAGAUUACAGUGGGACCGCAGCUAAAUUGAUAGCUGCGGGGUCAGGGCAGCUGAUUAGGGGGAUUUUGUGGUGUGGAGAUGUGACUGUGGAUUGGUUGAAGUGGGGAAAUGAGGUUUUGAAGAAGAGGAUGAGUUCUGGGGAGAUCGCAGCUUAGGUUAGUCCCGAGACAUUGAAGAGGAUUAAAAGGGUUAAGAAAGUUACAAAAACGACACAGAAAGUGGCAAAUGGUGUUCUCUCUGGCGUUGUGAAAGUCUCUGGACUUUUCACAAGUUCACUUGCCAACUCAAAAUAUGGCAAGAAAUUUUUCAACCUCAUUCCUGGGGAAAUCCUUCUUGCAUCUCUUGAUGGAUUCAGUAUGUUAAUCGUUAGAGGAAACUACUAUUUAAGUAUUAAUGAACUAGGGGCAGGUGCACGCUGGCGCAGGACAACUGGUCAGGAAAUUUAUUCACCAAUUCUUUUAGCUUUCACACAUGAGAAAAUAGAGACAUGGAAAGCAUCUCAUCUCACAAAAGCAACUGUCAUGGAUUCAAACUACAGCUUGCCUCUCAAUGUUGCUUUAAUUACUCUUCAGGAGUUGGAUGAUGGAAGUGUUCUCCUCCGUUUGGCGCAUCUAUAUGAGGAGGGUGAAGAUGUUGACUAUUCCAAGCUAGCCAAAGUUGAACUAAAGAAGAUGUUUACCAGAAAAUCGGCCACAACUGGCCUUUCUGUUCGGAAAGUUUUCAAUAGUUACAAAACUUAUGUAGACAUAAAAGAGCUAAAGGAAAUGAGCUUAUCAAUAAACCAAGAAAAAUCAGAGAUGAAGAAGAUGAAAUGGAAAAUUGAAGGCGACAAUGGACAAACACAAUCCCCAAUUAAAGGUAGCCUAGUUGAUAGUUCAGUUCUUAUUGUUGAGCUUGGGCCUAUGGAAAUUCGCACUUUCUUGUUAAAAUUUUGA